CGAGGGGCAAUUCUUCAGAUUCCCCACCCCCUCGUUUGUUUUGCAAGAUUGUUAUUUGAUUUAGAACCCGUCAACCACAAGUCAACCACAAGUCAACCACAAUAUUUCAACCUAAUACCACAUACUACCCAGCUACCACUUACACUUCUACCCAAUAUUCUGGUUGCGCUCCCGUACAUACAUUUUACAUAGUAGAAGAGAUCGACCGUGCUCGUUUCCCUUAUCCGAAGAUCGCUAUCAUUUGUCGCGAAGGAGAAAGACAAAUAAAGGAAUCUCGACUCACCUUUUCAUCUAGCAAUAUCCAACAUGAGCUCCACCGAGAACACCGAACCCAAGGUCGGCGAGACCAAGCCUACCGAGAUGGCUGAGACCAAGCCUCUUACUUCUUCAUCCGUCUUCUCCAUGUUUGGCGGCGGCGCAAAGAAGGAGAAGAAGGAGGAUGAUGACCGUGGCGACGUUUCCGGUAGCGCCAAGGCCCAGCGCGAGGCCGCUGCCGCUGCGAAGGGUGACGACGAGGAGGAGGUGGCUCCCGAUUCAGAGGACGUCCACUUCGAGCCCGUCCACAAGCUCACCGAGAAAAUCAAGACGGUAACGCACGAGGAGUCCGAGGAGGAGAUAUUCAACAUGCGAUGCAAGAUGUUCAAGUUCACUCAAGAUGCCGAGGGCAAGGGUGAAUGGAAGGAGCGUGGUACUGGACCUCUCCGUCUAUUGAAGCACAAGGAGAACGGCAAGAUUCGUCUGGUUAUGCGACGAGACAAGACCCUCAAAGUUUGCGCCAACCACUAUAUUACCCCUGAGAUGACGAUCGCCCCUAUGUCUACCAGCGACCGUGCCUGGCUCUGGAAUGUGGGCGCUGAUGUUAGCGAGGGUGAACCUGAGGCUAUUACCGUUUCUGUUCGCGUAGCCAAUGCUGAGAAUGCUCAACUGUUUAAGGAAGCCUGGCUCAAGGCCCAAAAGGAGAACGAGGUGCUCUUUGCCCAGGCAGCCCAGGCCAAAACCGAGACAGAGGAAUCCGAGCCUAAGGCGGAGGAAAAGAAGGAGGAACCCGCUGCUUCCUCGUAAUGUACCGGUAUUUAUGGUGUCAAGGAUGGUGUUCGCCCGAAAUCCGUUGGGUGUUGUGGACUUCCAAUCACUCAUAUUCGCUGCAUGGUGGAUGUAUAGAGCAAGUGCUCCGUAGCGGAAGAUUUGGAAAGUAGGGCAUGUCCUUAAGGAUUUACAGAGCAGCGAAGGACGGUAAUGAUUAUGACGGGAGAUGAAGAGAGACGCUUAGAUAGUGUACGGGUGGAUCAAACACCAACUCCCCCAAUAACUUAGUCACGACACUUUGUCCCCUGCGAAACACUUCACAUUCACAAUGAAUACAACCCCGAUCCCCCCAAAAGAUACUACUGAUAUCGCGAAUAGAAGCGUAAAAAAGUUUGUAGAGCUGUUGAAGUGAUAUUAUACACCUAUGUAGGCUGACUUGUUAGAUAGAGCUUUGGAAAUAUCGAGAGACUAAUCUUAUAGAUAGAUACCUAUGUAAAAUAUUUAUACUGUAUAUUUAAAUAGUGGUCGAUUUAAGGUAAUGGCAUUCCGGGG